CGGUACCGACCCCGGUCCAAACCUCGGUUCCUUCCGCUCCCCCAGCAACCCCCGCGCCCGCCGAGGCUGCUGGGAGCGCUGCGGAAAACUCUUCCCGCCUCAGGCUCCCCUGAGGUGAGGGGAGUGAGCGCCAUGUCCCAGACUGAUCCUGAGCUGCUCCUGCGGGAGCUGGGCGGCUGGGACGGGGAUCUCUGCCGCCGGGAGAUGCCCGCCGUCCUACCCCGGCUCCUGUCUAUGUAUCAAGAGUCUGAAGACUGGGCCGAGCACAUUCGUGUUCUGAGGAUCCUGACUGAAAUGUUUUUGCCCCACAUCAGCCUUGCAGAUUUGGAGCAAGCUUUUUUCUCAAAAGUAUUACCUAAGACUCUACAGUUAUUUGAUAACUUGAUGUAUGAAUUAUCCAGUGAGGCCAAAGGAUUAAGCAGUCAGAAUACAGAGUUAUGCAGCACUGUAAGGAAUCUCCUGCAGACUCUGGUGCAGCUGCUGGAAGCUCUGACUGGCUGUGUGCGCUAUGUCUGCACCCUGCAGGAGUGUGUGGCUCUGGAGAGGAUCCGCACCCUCCCGGCCUCUGUUCUUCAUGUCAUAAAGAGCACAUUUACACACUGCAAGGAUAGUGAAUCAGUGUACUGUGGGCAUCUGCACUUGAUUUCUGACCUCUUGCAAGCUAUGUUCAAGGAAACUUACUGUCUUCAGAAACAGCUGAUGGAACUACUUGAUAGGAUUUCUUUGGACUCUGCUUCUGCUGAAGAGAACAUCACAGAUAUGGUGUCAGUGAUCCACACUGUGCUGGAGAUCUGCUCUGUCAUUUCCAACAUGGACCAUGCUCUUCAUGCUAAUACGUGGAAGUUCAUAAUCAAGCAGAGCCUGAAGCAUCACUCUCUGCUGCAGUGCCAUCUGAAACACAGGGACAUCCUUGACAGCCUGUGCAAGGACACUCUUCUUUCUUUUCAAUCCUGUUUGCAACUGGCUGAGCAAAUGAAAAUAUCAGAGAUACAGGAGGGCACUGACCUCAGACUCUUUCAGAAGACUGUCAAGCUGUGCAGGUUCUUUGCUAAUUCCCUUGUACACUACACCAAGGAGUUUCUUUCUUUCUUCUCUGAUUCAUGCUCUCAGUUACAUCAGCUCUUUCUUCAGAUAUACAGCAAAUUUCCUCCCAGCCUCUAUGCUCCAGAGAUCUUGGAAGUUCAUCGGGAUGAAGUAUUCCGGGUUUUUCUUGUGGCUCUGGACCCUCUCAUCUGCCAGCUUCUUCCCUUUAGCCCUUUUAUGGAGCAAGUGUUAAGUGAAAAUUUAGGUCUCCCACCUGAGCAGCAGCUGCCCCAGUGUCUCAUCCUGAUUACCAUCAUGGAUAAGCUGCCCUCUCAGUCAGAAGAAGUUCAGAGUCUUUGGAACAGAGGAAAAAGCUUGUCUUUGUUCUCAGCUCUCUUCUUCAGUUUCCAGCAGUGUUCUGGUGAGCUGUCUCUCCCUGUUUAUUUGCCAGAGGUGCUGAGUACAGGACAGCCAGCAGUUCCCAUCACCCUGUAUCACUAUGUCUGUGUCCACCUCUGCUCCUUCAUUGCUUCCACACUCCCAUCCCACUUUCCUCAGCUGGAGCAUGCUCUGCUGGAUGCUGUGCUGGGUUCUAGCAUGGUUACAGCUCUUCUAGCAAUGGACUCCUGGUGCUUCCUUGCCCGGUAUGGAACAGCUGAGCUCUGUGCUCACCAUGUUGGUGUGAUUGCUCACUUGAUCAAGUUUUGGCCCAGUGACUGUUACCAGGUCUCUGCCUUGGGUGUUCUGCUGAGGCGUAUGCUCUUCUUGAUGGCUCCAGAUCACCAGGUGGAAUUUGUUCACAAGUUCCUUCCAGAAGAGGAGGAGAACCUGGCUGUGUGGCAGCACGUGUCCCUCAGGGCCCUGAGCCCUGAUCUCAGGACACGAGUGCUCUCUCAGCUCUGCCUGGCGGGGCUGGCGCCGUGCCGCCGGUGGCUGAAGAGCAGGCGUGCUUUGGGAGAGCUCCCACCUGUGAACACUGCCCUUUCUGUCCUGCUGGCUGUCUGCAGUUCUGCUGGUGACACUCUGGAGGCAGAACUUGGGGCAUCUCUCUUGGGAGUGCUAGGUCAGUUCUGGACUUCUCUCCAGGCUAAGCAGGUCUCAGAGGAGCCAUGUCUCCAGCAGACACUCUGUUUAUUACUUCACCUCCUGCAAUUUUUCAUCCAAGCAUUAGAUGCUCAACUGAUCAAUCAGGUGUUUGCACUCCAGUCUUCCCUCCUCCAGCUGGAGCCCCCAGAUCACCUUCGCAUGGCAACAGUGGAUUUUCUCUCUUCCAUGGGAAAGGUGUUUAUACCACAGGAAGCACAGAGGGAAGUUGUCCCCCAGCUGUCCUGUUUGUUUGCUUCUCUGCUAGCUGACCAGACCUGGCUGAUUCACCAGCACGCACUGGAGGCGUUCACCCGGUUUGCUGAGGAAACAAGCCAUGAAGAUGUUGUUCCUCAGUGCCUGAAUUCUGAAGAAACUAAGAACAAAGUUGUUAGCUUUUUGGCUAAGAGAAGGCAAGUGGAAGAGACAGCAGGAGCACGAAAGCAGCGCAUGAAACAAGAAAGUCUCACCUGCAGUGCACAGUUUCUGAAAAUGACAGGAGAAGUGGAGUCACCAGGAGAGCCUCUGGCCAAACGAGCCUGUCACCCCCCCUCUGAGGAGCAGUACAAGGCAGCUGUAGGCACAAUGGAGGGAGCAGUGGAGGCUGUGAAGCUGCUGCUUGGGAAAGGCUCAGCCCCUGCCUGGCUUGGAGUGAAACUGGAGGCUCUCCAUAAAGCCAUAGCCAGCCUCAGAGACACCGUACGGUAAGGUGCUCCCCAGCUUUUAGAGACAAUAAACAGCCCAGCCCCCUGUCCUGAGGGAAGAGAGGCCUUUGGACCAUGACUGCUGAAGAACAAACCUGUGACACAGGGCCCAGCUCCUGCUGUACUGCUGGUAAUGUAUGUGGCAAAAGGAACUGAGGGGGGAGAUGCUGGCUUGUCUUUCAUAACUGGCUGGAAGGACUUUUAAUACCUUUUAAUGGACACUCUGGUGCCUCUGAGAUAUAAUUUUGUAUACUGUCAAUGUACAGCUUGCUCUUCUAAGCUCCUCUAUGACUAUAAAGUUUUCAUAAGAUUGAAUUUUGUACACUGAGAUGUUUGAAUCUGUUGCAGCAGUUACCUGUGUUCCUGCCAUGUACAGCUGACCAGGCAGCAGGUGUUUUUAUCUUAAUUUUUAAAUACAAUCACAAAUAACAGUUUAAGGCUCUCUACUGUUCUAUGGACAUACCUCUGCUGCUGGUUCCACUCCAUGCU